AUGAAGUUCAACGACGGCUUUUGGUUGCUGAAGAACGGUGUCAAACCAUUCUUUGGUCUUCAAGUUACUAGGGUAUUAGAGGAGCCUAACGGAUACACUCUGCAUGUAUCGACCAGGCCCAUUCGACAUCGCGGAGACACACUGGGAGGUCCCGUUCUUACCGUCAAAGUGCAUUCUCCUACGGAAGGCGUAGUGGGAGUUAACAUCGAGCAUUUCGCGAACGGGGAUGCUUAUCCAAGUAUUCCAUUGUUCCCCGAUGCUGAGCCAGUACCUGCGGUGUCCCUCUCUAAAUCCGACUCGUCGUACUCUCUCUCGACAGGCGGCCUGGCGGCGGAAAUCACGGAAAAUCCGUAUACCAUCACUUUCAAAUCGCCCAAGCGAAUAUUGACAUCUGCUGGAUACAAGCACCAAGGCAUUUACGACGUCCCAGCCAGAUGGACGACUUUGUCUGCUUCAAAUAGCUCUUGCUUGGCCCUGGAUACUAGCUCCAAUCCCACCCCAGCGCCGUUGCCGCCGACUGUUAGAUAUAUUCACUCUGAGUUAAAUUUAUCCCCCGGGGAACUCGUAUAUGGGUUCGGGGAGCAGUUUGGCGCGUUUGUCAAGAAUGGUCAAUCUAUCAAGAUCUGGAAUCAAGACGGCGGAACUUCUAGUGAUCAAGCAUACAAAUGCGUCCCCUUUUAUAUCACUAAUAGGAAUUAUGGCGUCUUCAUCAAUCACCCUGGGGAAGUUGAAGUAGAGGUUGGCAGCGAGAAAGUUAGCCGAGUGGGUGUCAGUGUUGCCGACAAGUCUCUAGAGUAUUUUAUAAUCUACGGGGAAACACCGUUAGAGAUCCUUGACAAGUAUACUCGCAUUACUGGACGCCCUGCUAUAAUUCCAGCAUGGACGUUUGGGCUAUGGCUUUCGACAUCCUUCUUGACCGAUUACUCGAGCAAGACCGUCUCAGGCUUCCUGGAAGGCAUGCAACAGCGCAAAUGCCCCGUUCGCGUCUUUCAUCUUGACUGCUUCUGGAUGAAACAAUACGAAUGGUUGUGCUCCUUCACUUUUGACCCGGACAACUUUCCCGAUCCUAAAGCCUAUUUAUCUGAAAUCAAAGAGAAAUACGGGGUCAAGAUAUGCGUAUGGAUCAACCCUUAUAUCUCCCAGCUUUCUCCUAUCUUCAAGGAAGGGGCAAAGGAAGGCUACUUCAUCAAGCGCACAGAUGGUUCUGUAUGGCAAUGGGAUCUAUGGCAGCCCGGCCUUGCAAUUUUGGAUAUUACGAACCCUGCCGCUUGCAAGUGGUACACUGACAAACUUUCUGCCUUGAUCGACCUGGGUGUAGAUGCGUUCAAGACUGAUUUCGGUGAACGCAUUCCGCACGCGUCAGUCAAAUUCCACGACGGAUCUGACCCAAUCAGAAUGCACAAUACUUUCGCUGUUCAGUACAACAAGCUUGUGUUUGAUCUGCUCAGGAUACGUUUGGGUGAAGGUCAAGCGGUCCUCUUUGCUCGCUCUUCGGCGGCCGGUGGGCAAAGAUUCCCAGUGCAUUGGGGUGGUGACUGCGAGUCAACCUUCGAAGCCAUGGCGGAAACCAUUCGUGGAUGCCUUUCUAUCACUGCCUCGGGAUUUGCUUUCUCUUCGCAUGAUAUUGGUGGAUUUGAGGGACAUCCUCCUCCUGAGAUAUACCAGCGAUGGGUUGCAUUUGGUGUAUUCUCUUCACAUACUCGACUGCACGGGUCUUCCUCCUACCGCGUACCCUGGAUAUACGGAGAAGAGGCGGCCGCAAAUAUGUCGAAAUGGCUUGAUGCUAAACAUCGACUAAUGCCCUAUAUUUAUCACCUUGCCAUCAAAGCGAACCAGAACGGACAUCCAAUCAUGCGGGCCAUGUUCCUUCAAUUCCCUGAGGACCCGACGACUCACUAUCUCGACAGGCAAUAUAUGUUUGGUCCUUCUCUUCUUGUCGCCCCUGUCUUCGUGCCCCUGGGUGAAGAGUCGGUUUACUAUCUCCCCGCUGGCAAGUGGACUUCCUUCUUCCACCCCGAGCGUGUGGUACAAGGCCCAGUGUGGAUAACAGAACACGUCCCUAUUGGCAACAUUCCCGUCUGGGUUCGACAGGGUUCAGUACUCUGCCUCGGUCCAGCAGGCAUCGGGCGUCCAGAUUACAACUUUGCGGAGAAUCUCCACAUUCAAGUUUACGAACUUGAAGAAGGCCAGUCAGUGCACGUUGAGAUUCCCUCUGCAGAGGGGACGGGGACGCAAGCCACGGUCUCGGUGAUAAAGUCGGGAGGUGAGGUUAAAGCCGAGCUCAGUGGAGUAGGAAGCUUCGCGACUUUGGAAGUACACACGGAUGGUAGCAGUCGCAUUCAAACGUUGUCGGGCGCAAAGGAAGGUAGUGUCGGUCUUGCAUAA